AUGAAGGAGGAAAUUGAAAACAACAACAAUUUAGUUGAAAGCAAAGACAGAGAAAUCAAGCAACUGCAGGAAGAACUGGCCCAACAAAUUGAAUUCUACAAAGAGACUAUUAAAGAGCUAACUCAGAACGUCUUGUCGAUAAAAGAGGAAAUGGGUAAACUCGAUUCCAGUCCCUUAAAAGUCCAUGAGGAGCAGCUGGAGAAACAAAAGAAGCUAAUUGAUCAAAAGGACCAACAAAUAUCCGAAAUCAAAAACGAAAUCAACAUUUGUGACAAGAAACUAAAAGGCGAAGAGAAGCCCGAUUACAGUGAUCCCUUUGGAGAUGAUCCGGUUAUUCAUAAGAUUAAGCCGGAUCAAGAAGAUUCGUUCGAUGUACUUUGUGAUAGUGCGACAGCAGUUCCUGGCUGGACGGUUAUCCAACAGAAAAUCAAUAAUAUGAUGAAUUUCUAUAGGGAUUGA